UUUCCAUGUCCCAAAAUUGAGAAAAGUGGACUUAUGGUUCAGUGCCGCUGGAUUUGUUUGCUCAAGGAUAUUUGAUGACCUUACCAGAAAUGUUGCUCAACUUGAUGCAUUAUCUCUUUCCAUGAGAACUAAUGUAAUACCACCAAUUGUAAGAGACGUAAGCAGGUCACUUCUUAGGAAGUUGGAACUAAAAGUUGCUAUUCCAUUGAAUUUUGAUGUUUUAACUAUCUUUAACAUGUUAGAUGUUUGCCCUUCACUUGAGAUAUUGCAUCUAAAGUUGAGUCCUUGGCUAUACAACACAGAGAGACAACAACGAAGAUCUUAUGGGUAUUGCUCUCACGCUGCGUUGAAAGAAGUCAAAAUUGAAGGAAUUAAUAUUCAUUUGAUGACGUUUGUACCGUCCUUGCUCCAGACAGCUGUGGCUCUCCGCCAGAUGAUCAUCAUAACAGGCACUUCAAAAACCAAAAGCAUGUUGACAAACUACCUGCAGGAACAUAUUAAUAAUAGUGUAGAAUUGAUCAUCGAAUGUAGUGAUUUCUAAUCUUAUACUCGGUCUCAUAUUUACAUUUUAACCUAUAUACUAAUA